CCACUGAUUUCCGGUAUGAUCGAUGAUGAUGAUGGAGUUAGUGAUUGGUCUUUGUAAUCGCUCCGCCUACUUUUACACCAAUGGCCAUGCUCCUUGUUAGAUCAAUCGGAUACAAUAUCUUCGCAGUCACAAUUUCAAAACUUAAUCUCUGUUGAUGUUCUUGAACUUCAAAAUCGAAGGUGGAUACCAAUCCGUAACUUCGUCAAAGAUGUGUCGUGUAAGUGGAAAUAUUUCGGCGUAGUUUUUACCAUGGAUUUAUAAUGAUGAAUCACCGACCUAACAGCCUGAAUUUGACGGAGAAACCGAGUGGCAGUCAAUAUGGCCGCAAGGUUGUUAAGUUACCGUUGCCAAAGAAGAGAAGCAAAGCAGUACCGUUAUCAGAGCGGGUAACGUUGGAACGUGUACUUGGAGUAACGGUGAAAGAUGGAUCAGCCCUUGCUUGCGAUCCAAACACAGGUCUUAUUGCCUAUCCGGCCGGAUGUGCUGUGGUUUUAUUUAAUCCCAGGAAAAAUCGGCAAUCUUUCAUAAUUAAUCACUCCAAAAAAACCAUUACAACAUUGGCCUUCUCAGCAGAUGGCAAGAACCUGGUCACAGGGGAGAGUGGACAUAGACCGGCUGUCAGAAUUUGGGACGUGCAGGACAAAUCACAAGUUGUUGAAUUUCUUGGGCACAAAUUUGGCAUUACCUGCGUUGCUUUUUCACCGAAUGGCAAGUACGUUGUAUCGGUCGGUGAGCAACAUGACAAGACUGUAAACGUGUGGGACUGGAAAGGAGUCGGGGUUGUGGCAUCUGGCAAAAUCUCAUCCAAGGUAAAAUCUUUAGCAUUUGCAGAAAAUGGAAGUUAUUUUGUAACUGUGGGAAAUCGUAAUGUGAAAUUUUGGUAUCUUUCCUCUAAACGGAAGACACGAGAGGCUCUUCCUUUGUUAGGCCGGGCAGGCAUCCUAGGCGAGCAGAGGAACAACUUUUUCGGUGAUGUGGCAUGUGGCCUUGGUGUCAAUAGUAAGAAAACGUACUGUAUCACCAAUUCUGGUUUCUUGUGCGAGUUUAAUGAAAGACGUUUGCUGGACAAAUGGGUAGAAUUGAGGGUGUCUAGUGCAAAUAGUAUAUUUGCGACAGAGGAACAUGUAUUCGUAGGCUGUGCUGAUGGCGUCAUUCGUUGUUUUGACGCGUCAACGCUUCAUUUUGUUGCAACUUUACCUCGCCCACAUUGUCUUGGUGUCAACGUCUCUGAUGGAAUAGAUCCAAGCCACCUGUCCAUUUACAAAGAGGAUGCAAAUUACCCAGAUGCCAUUGCACUCACAUUCGAUGAUGUCAAUAAAAAGUUAACUUGUGUUUACAAUGACCAUAGUGUGUAUAUAUGGGAUGUCCAUGAUGUGAAGAUGGUUGGAAAACAAUGGUCCUCAUUGUACCACAGUUCCUGCAUCUGGGGUGUAGAAGUGUACCCCACCUUAGGGAAGCUUCAAAAGGAUACAUUACCCUCAGGUUCAUUUAUUACCUGCUCGUCUGAUGAUACGAUACGAGUUUGGAAUCUCAAUCACACAAAUGCCAACGAUGUAUUCAAGAAGAAUGUAUAUAGUAAUGAAUUAAUGAAAGUUAUUUAUAUUGAUGAUGAGAAAACCCACCUAACUGGCUUACAAUAUAAUCCCACCGGUCAAACAGACAAGACGGACACAGGGGAAGGCAAGAACGGUGUGCGGUGUUUGUGCAUUACAUCUGAUGGACAACACCUAGCGUCGGGGGACAGGUCUGGAAAUGUGCAUGUCCACGACCUCGUACUCAUGCAGGAGGUUAAGUGUAUCGAGGCUCAUGAUUCAGAGGUGCUUUGCCUCAGUUAUUCUAAUGCAGAAUCAGGUCACAGCUUACUAGCAUCUGCAAGUCGAGAUCGUCUUGUCCAUGUAUUCAAUCUUGAAGAUGAUUACUCAUUGGUUGAAACAAUUGAUGACCACUCAUCUUCAAUAACAGCUGUCUCAUUCGCUGAUGUAAAUGGUCAGUUAGAGCUAAUAAGCUCAGGUGCAGAUAAGGCGCUGAUGUGUCGGAAAGCAAUUGAGGAGCCUAGUUUGCAUUUUGUGCGGAGCCAUCACAUUGUUGGUAAGGCUACGUUUCAUGACUUAGCUGUUGAUCCCACCUGCAAGUAUGUUGCCACAGCCUCUCAAGACCGCAGUGUUAAAAUACACCACCUAGCAAACGGAAAACUAAGGAACUCGUACAAGGGAGCAUUAGCAGAAGACGGCACAUUGAUCCGCAUUGAAAUUGAUCCUUCAGGAUUGUAUGCUGCUACCAGUUGUUCAGAUAAGUCAAUAGCUAUCUGUGACCUCAGUUCUGGGGAGUUCCUGGCAACCAUGGUUGGACAUGCAGAAUUGGUAACAGGAAUUAAAUUUUCCAAUGAUUGCAAGCACCUUUAUUCAGUAUCUGGGGACGGGUGUAUUUUUGUGUGGAAAUUGCCUUGGGGCAUGACAUAUUCCAUGAAGAACAGGCGUGCCGAGAUUGAAGCAUUGAGAAAUCCAAUGCCAGAAAUCAAGUUAACCAGGAGAGGCACGUAUGUUGUGCCACCAGAGAAUGUUCCAAAUCAAGUGCCAAAUACCACCCUUAAUCGGAGCUCCAUUGUCGUGGAUAAUGCCCUGUUCCAACCUGCAACAGAGUCCAUGUUCCCAGUGGAGGUUAAACUUCAGAAUAAUAGGACAGCUGAGCUUAAAGAAACUUCUCCGGAUUAUCGAUUCAGUGUUGGCCAGCUUCCUUCUUGGGCUAAGAAACAGGUAAUGGGAGGGGAGAACAAGUCUAGCCCAAGCACAUACAUCAGCCCUUCGCAGCCUAAAGGUCGCUGGGCCCAGAGACUAGACAAGGGAUUCAAGGUCAAGUCGGAUAUGCACGAAAGCAUCAUGCUUAACCUGGAUGACUGUAUGGAUCGAAGACGUUACACAGUGGAGCCUGAUACCAUAUCAGAGCAAGGUAAAGCACCUCAUCCAGUUCAAGUAGUAAAGAAGGAUGAAAACCACACAGAUGCAAAUGAUGAGGAAAUCAAUGUUAAUGAAGACACGUUUCUGGCUGUUAAACCAAGACAACUACAGACCACUAGUAAUGUAACGUUAUCAAGAGGCUGUGAUCCAUUGAUACAACCACAAGAGAUAUUUGACCGUGACUCUAAUAGCCAGUGGGAGCCUGCAUCUUCUCUUGAUGAUCAAAUCUUGGAGCUGGAGAGUUUAGAAUCGCAAGAGAAGGAAUUUUUCACAGUAGAAGAUGAAGAGGAGGAGGAGGACGACGAAGAGGAGACAACUGUGAUUAUCUAUCCAACAAAUGGUGAUGCACCACCAUCUCCAGACAGUUCAACAUUUCAAGUGACAGAGACUUCAUUUAUUGCGAGAAAAUCAAGAAAAAGUUCCAAGGACAAAGAUGAAUUAGAAGUGAAUCAAGGACAAGAUCCAGUUGGUAGUGGUGAAAAUUCAGACGAUGAAGACGAUGAAGAAGACGAGGACGAAGAAGAUGAUAGCCGAGAAACGUCUCCUACAAGCAAACUGGAAGUUAACAAGGGUAGCGAGACUCCUCAAACACCAGACGAAGACGACCAGAAGUUCUUGAGGACAAACUACGUGUUCAAGGAGAAAGCUCUAUUUGGGAAGUGCAUGGAACAGCUAGAGGCCCAGUUUGCUAGUGACUUAGAUUUUCCAGGAAGACUCAGCUUGUCUUCAAAGUUCUUGUCAAAAUCACAGCAUAGUCAAAUCAGAGGUCGUGUAGAACCAGUGUCAAUAAACUUUAACAAGCCAGUAGAUCCAACUGAGUACCUACAGCGACGCAAGGAGGAUGUGGCGCGUGCAGUGGACGAGACAAGAAAGCGCCUUCAAGCACUUGGAUGGAAAUCAAUGAAAAAUGCAGAUACAACAUCAGAUGCUACACUAAAAAGAGUUGGUGAGAAUCUGAAAGACUCAGACUCUGUGAAGAAACCAAAGAAUGUAUCCAAAACCAAUGCUGAAGAGGGCAUUGUUACUUCCAGUAACAAUACACCAAACACAGCAAAGUCCGGUGGCAGGGUUCUUCAGGAAAGAGAUGGCCACCACAGAGCUACUCCAGACCACCAAAGAAACUUAUCCGAUUCCUCCACAACAACCGAAGAUGAUUCUCCACCUUCAAAUGAGGUUGAGAAGGAAAACAUAAAGAAUAGAUAUGAGAAGAAGAAAGUAUCAAACACCAGCAAGAAUAGAAUGGAUAGAUUGAAAGCACGACGAGAAGGUAAAUCAAACACACAAGAUUUGAAGAAGUCGCAAUCAAUGACUGACCUAAGGUCACCAGAAGACAUAGAGGAAGACUAUACAUCAAAUUCUCCAUCUAAGAAGUUAGUGCAACGAUAUCGAACACGUAGUCACAGUCGAGACCGCAAGCAAUUUGAUGAUUCUUGUGACACUACCAAGCUCAAACGUCGUGCAAGAUCAGAACAGAAUUUACAGGCAACUCCGUCAAGGCCUAAACGGUCGUAUGAGGCAGGAACAAUGAGUUCAAUGGCAAAAAAGAUCUCUAAGACACCGCCUCAGUCUCCAACUUCAAAGAUCAUGAAAGGGAAGUCACUUGAGAAUUUACAUUCCGUACGCAGACAGAGUGAUCCGAAAGUAGACCCAAAAAGUCUGUCAGCAAGAAAUAGUCCUAUGCAUUAUAAGUCAACCGAAAAUAUAUCAGUUUUGAGUAAGAAAGCGCAGCAAACUUCCGAUGAUUCAAAGUUUUUGAGAAGACGAAGUAGAAGUGUGUCCGGAGAAGAGAGUUCUAUUGAUACCUCCUCAGAAAUGAACCCAAAACCUUCCAAAACAGGGGUUCCAGAGAUAAAAGUUGGUUCUGGGCGUCCAAAAUCGCCUAGGACAACCAAUGUCCCCCGUGAAACAAGUAGGAGCCCACCGCAUAUCCGUAGCAAGCCAUCAUCUCCAACAAUGGUCAAAAAAAGACAGGGUAAACGUGCGAGUGAUUAUGUGAAUAAUAACGGGAGCAGUGAUGACAAUUCAACCAAAGAUACGUUAGACAAACUAGUGAUGCCACCCCCGGCCACGCGUACAGUUAUCAAAGCUAAGGCAGUGGUGUAUAAACCACUACCAGAAGCAGACUUGAAAGCAAGUCUGGAAUGUCUCGAAAAGACAACUCCGCAAUGCCUCACCAGCCAAAUUGUAAAUAUGAAUGCGACUCAUAGGGACUCUGAUAUUCCAAAGAAACUCAACAAUGUAAAUGAUCUUAAUAUAGCAGAUUCUAUUAAUGAACUUCCAAAGACAGUCAGCAAUAUUAGUACAGUACAUGGAAACGCAGAAGAUGAAUUGUCAACACAGCUAGAAACAAAGCAAGAUAAAAUUAGCCUAAAGGACUUCUCAGAUUCUUUAGCAGAAAUGAAAUCAUCAUUUUCCAAAUGUUUGGAGAUGUUUACAAUGGUUCAAAGUUCUUCAACAACUGUUGAUGGGGAUAUCCGUCAAUCGAUGAUUGACAUGUUCUCAUCCACCUAUCAAACAAUGGACCAAUCAGCUAAGGAAGCCAUCCCUACUCUUCGUACAUCCAUACUGCGUGAAAAACGUGCAAGCACCUCGCCAACUCCAUUUGCCAUCGCCAACAUUGAGUCUUUCAGACGUUCGAAUCGGCAUUCCAAACGCAAUGGCAUCUGUAGUGUUGAUGAGCUAGAGUCUGCAGCAACAUACUCUUUAUUAGACCAGUAUUCAACAAUGCUUGUAAAUAUGGUACAAAAUAAGAUUACAGCAAAUGAUAAGGAAAAGAACGUAGCCAUAGAAAAUGGCCAUGAAACGGACAGUAGUAGCGCCGAUGACUCCACAGAAAAAAUCUGUUAUGUGUAAUAAUAAUUGCAAAACACGAUAGUAUUAUGAUAAUAAUUGAGAUUUGCAGUUUCUUAUAAAAAAAAAAAAAUUAAAUUGGUGAUGUUUUUUUGUACCGUCCAUUGUCCACUAUUCAUGUCCACCAAUUUCAACCACCAGUGUUUUAGGUGCCAGUGGAGUUGAAAGGUAUUGUAUAGCAGCAUUUUGGUACACGUCUUGUUUUUUUUAUAUAUAUUCCUUAAUGUUUAUAUCUUUGCACAUUUUCUAAGGUCGAUUGAUUGUCUUAUUAGAUUUAGGGUGGAAAAGUUAACAUACUUCAACCAGUAAGUGAGACAAAGAUAAUAAUGAGUUGCAGAUUGAAUGCGAGGGCAUGGUAUAAAAUUUUGAAACCAAGAUUUACAGUAUUUUGAGUACAACAGUUGUAAAUAUUUAUUAUACAAUAAUGAUGAUGUAUGAAGGGCAGACUGCUUAAUUGGCCACGGCAUUGAUUGAUUGCAUGAUUGAUGUAUGAUAGUAUAGUACAGUAAACCAAGAAUUAGCAAAAACAAUUGCAAUAUUAACUUUUUGAUGGUAUUUUGCAUCAGAAGAUUUAUUAGGAAUGGUGUUUUGCACUGCCUGAUGUGUUAUCGUACUGAAUGCUCAAUACAUUCCCAAAUACCCGCAAAAAGAUCUCACAAUUGAUUUGGAUUGAAAUCGAACUCACAACCUCCAGAUAACUAUUUCAACAGUAGCCACGCAAGGUGUUAAGGCGUCAGGCUAGCUAUCUGCAUGUCGUAGGUUCGAUUCCAACCCGAUUCACUUGCGAAAUCUUUUUUUGCAAGUAUCUAGGAACGUACUGAGCAUUUGGUACGAUAACACGUCAGGUAGGGAAAAACAUCAUUCCUAAUGUUAACUUUGAUAUGGGGGAAAUCCUUCAUCAGUGAUAUAUAUUGAUGAAAACCAUAUUGUUGGCAUUGGGAUUUGCAUCCAAGACCCUCCAAAUCCCAUACCGUUGCUUUAUCAACUAAUCAAUGUUUCCAAGUGUAGUACAGUACUUGAAUUUUUCCAUUAGAGGCAGGGGUUUUCCCUCAAGGCAUUUGUGUUAUAUGAAAUCCACAUUAUUAACUUUCUUCCAUCAGUGUUGCAUAUACGUGAUGAAAAUGUUUGUGGAAAUUGCAUUAUCCCUAAUAAAUGUGUGUAGGCCGUUUGCAACAAUCAUAAUAUGCAGAACUUCAUAUCACCAAAUAAUACACUGAUAGUCUUCCAGUUCAUUUUCUUUGUUGUACAGUAUUUCAUGUUAAAAAUAAUUAAACCUUUAACGGAGCUAAUUGAUAGACCACCACACUCAGUUGUUUUGUUAUAACUUUAAUCGCCUUAAAGUUGAUUAUAUAUAAUUUCACUUGUUUGUUGUGUGAAGGUGAUUCCAAACAGAAUUGAGUUGGUGAGGUUGUGGGAAAAUCAAAGUGCAGUAUGUCGUGAUUUUUAAUAUCGUAAUCGUGUAUCAUGUAAAACUUAAAAAUACUGCUCUUUGUUGAGUGUAGGUAUUCAUACGAAUGCAAAAACUGCUUGUUCAAGCUAGGUUACUAUUUUAUAAAAUAAAAUCGCUUCCAUUUUUUAUGAACUACGUAUUAACAUACACCGACUAUUUUAUUACUGAUAAUUGAAUAUUUAAAUAUUUUUUCUCUGCCUACCACAAAUGUUUUACAUAUAGUGUAAAAACCGUGACAUAUAUAUCUAUCCUGAAAAAAAUAUAUAUUACCCCAGCACCAACACCUAAUGGCUUCCCCAUGCCUCCCCAUUUGCAUCAAUCCUCCUUCCUUAUUAGUACUACUCAAUAUUCCACGAACAGGAUCCCUGUAGGUCCGAGGACCCUAGACCUGUCGCCAGGGAAGAAGCCAUUUAUUUAUUCUGGGAAAAAUUUUUCGGUCAGCAGAUCUGAAAAUGGCAUUUCUCUUCCAUUACCUCUAUAUUAAUUAUAUUUUUAUGAGCAAAGUUAGUCAUUGUUUGAGGCAGAAUUGCUGGUUCAUCUUGCGGGAAACGUAUAAGCCUUUUUGACUGAAUAAACGUCAGUUGUAAGAUGA